AUGGCAGCGAAAUCCGAUGGUCGCGGGGUCGUCACCGGUUUCGCCCAGCUGCACAACCUGGACGAGGUGGUGGGGACGGGAGAGGACGACACGCGGGAUGGCAGCUCGUUCCACAUCUGCCAUUGCUGCAACACCUCGUCGUGCUACUGGGGCUGCCGGAGCGCGUGCCUGCAUUACCUCCGGGGGAAGGGAAAGGGGAAGGGGAGAGAUGCGGCGCGGCCACCGCAGGAGCAGCGCCUCUGGCUGGACUGCCUGUGGAUCAUCCUGGCGCUGCUGGUGUUUUUCUGGGACGUGGGGACCGAUUUGUGGCUGGCCGUCGACUAUUACCACAAGCAGGACUUCCUGUGGUCGGGCCUGACCCUGUUCUUCGUGCUGGUGCCCUCGGUGCUGGUCCAGAUCCUGAGCUUCAGGUGGUUUGUGCAGGAUUACACGGGGGGAGGACUGGGCUCCGUGGAGGGGCUGAGUAGUCGGAGAGCUACAGCCAGUCUGCAGAGGGACAGGUGCUGCCGCCUGUCUGUCUGGGUCUGGCAGACCGUCAUACACAUCUUUCAGAUGGGACAAGUGUGGCGGUACAUUCGCACCAUGUAUCUUGGUAUACAAAGUCACAGGCAGAAAGAGAACCAGCGGCGCUUCUACUGGGCCAUGAUGUACGAGUAUGCCGAUGUCAACAUGCUGCGACUGCUGGAGACCUUCUUAGAGAGUGCCCCUCAGCUGGUGCUGCAGCUCUGCAUCAUGAUCCAGAGCAACAAGGCUGAGUGGCUGCAGUGUUUUUCUGCCAUGUCCUCCCUACUGUCCCUGGCCUGGGUGCUAGCCUCCUACCACAAACUACUGCGUGAUUCACGGGACGACAAGAAGAGUAUGAGUUACCGAGGUGCCCUAGUGCACCUGUUCUGGCGCCUUUUUACCAUUUCGUCCCGGGUGCUCUCCCUCGCCCUGUUUGCCUCAGUUUUCCACAUCUACUUUGGCAUUUUUGUGGUGCUCCAUUGGUGCGCCAUGGCUUUCUGGGUCAUCCAUGGCGGCACCGACUUCUGCAUGUCCAAAUGGGAGGAGGUACUGUUCAACAUGGUGGUGGGUGUGGUCUAUGUCUUCUGUUGGUUUAAUGUGCGUGAGGGCCGGACACGGUACAGAAUGGUGGCCUAUUACAUAGUGGUACUGUUAGAAAACGCAAUCCUCAGCUCCCUUUGGUACGCAUACAGAGACCCAGCCACCACUGACGCCUAUGCCUCUUUAGCCCUAAGUGGCGUCUUCCUGUGCUUUGCUUCAGGUGUGGCCUGUAUGGUUCUCUAUUACGGGGUGCUACACCCAAUGGGCCCCCGCCUGAGGGUGCUGGCCAGCUCCUGCUGCGCUGAGCUGCUGUGGGGCCUUCCUUUACCCCCUGAAGCCGAGCCUAUGGCUCCAACACCUGGCCCCCGUGGCUCUCAGGCCACUCCCACACGGGGUUUGGCAGGGGAACACGUGGAGUCGGAUGAAACAGCCACGGACACCUGCCUUCCGGUUUUCCAGGUGAGGUCAACGGAACCUGUGGAUGCAGCUGGAAGGCCCAUCCGUCCUGAGGGUCCUCUCAUCAAGAUAGACAUGCCCAGAAAACGAUACCCAGCCUGGGAUGCACACUUUGUGGAUCGGCGCCUGCGCAGGACCAUUAACGUGCUGCAGUACAUUAGCCCGAAUGCGGUGGGCAUCAGGUAUAGGGACGGUCCGCUUCUUUAUGAGCUCCUGCAGUAUGAAUCCUCCCUCUGA